AACAAAGCGCAGAAUCAGUGCAUUCAUUGUUGUCUUGGAUUUGAAAAUAACAACUCAUUUAACACUCAUUUGUGUAUUCAUUGAUUGAAUGCUUUCUGACAUCGGAUACCAUGAAUGCAUUGAUACAUAAGUCCAACUCCAAGACACUCUCACUGGACACCAUCCCAACACUGGAGUCAUCGCAACAUCUCUACCAAUGUGUGCGUCAAAUGAAGUGCCAGUCAUCUCAAGACAUGUUUGUUGUGAAACACAAACCAACUGGUGAUGAGUUCGCCUUAAGACGAACCAACUUAGAGGCCGUCGAGAGCCUCGAGUUUGUGGUCAACGAAAUCAAGUUGACGUGUCUUCUCAAGCAUAAGAAUCUGCUGCCAAUCCUCUGCUCUUUUGUGAGCGGAUGUCAGUUGUGGACAAUCACUCCAUUGGCUCGAUUCGGAUCAGCCAGUGAUCUGUCGCGACCAUCGGGUCUGUCGGAGUUAGCCCUGGCCUUCAUCGUCAGGGAUGUGUUGUCCGCUUUAGUCUAUUUACACAAACGAGGAAUCAUUCACCGGUCGGUUCGUGGAUCUCAUAUACUGGUCACCGCACCGGAAGGUCGGUGUCUCUUGUCUGGUCUCAAGCACUCGACCAGUUGUAUGAUUGAUGGCAAAUGGCAGACAGCUAUACAUCACUACCCAUCACAUCCCGAACCGAACCUCAAUUGGUUGGCACCCGAAGUGCUCGAACAGAACCUCUUGGGAUACAACGCGAAGUCAGAUAUCUAUAGUUUAGGCAUAACUUUAUGCGAGUUAUCCAACGGUUGUGUCCCUUUCGAAGACGUGGAACUGACGGAAAUGCUUUUGGAUAAACUGACCGCACAUUUCCCGCGACCCCUGGACUCCACGUGUCAGGAGAUCUGCGACCUCUCGACUGAAGAAAUGAGUCAAGAAAUUAGACAUAAGUACGAGAUUUACAGAAACCGAACAUUUAGUCAAUCGUUUCAUAAGUUUACAAUAGAUCUCUGUCUCAACUUUGAUCCGUUGCUCAGGCCGACGGCUUCUGAGCUCUUGGAUCACAGCUUCGUCAAGCAGAUCAAGAAGUCUUCACAUAAUAACUUGAUUUCAUUGAUUCCUAACAUCAAACCAUUAGAUUGUGUCCAACCGUUAAAGAAUAGCUUCAAUGGCGACAGUUCUUCAUCGGACGACAAUAUCGCCAAAUCUAACGCUUGCGAGGAGUCUCUAAAUGAUUGGAACUUUUCGUAAUACAAUUGAUUUGUAGAGAAAUUUGUAG